UGGCGCAUUUGGCUGCAGGCAGGUUGUGAGGGCGCUUUCUGCAGCAGCAUGCAUGCAUGUCCAUAGACGUCAUUUGAUUUUAAUGGCCUGCAGGAAAUUUGGCGUUACAACUCCAGACAUUAAGGCAAGGGAGAGAGAGAGAGAGGGAGUGAAACAGAGAGCGGGGACACGGGGAAAAAUCGCCGCAUGAAAGAUAUUGGUUCAAGGAUAUCUCUUCAUUUUCAACAUAUUUUUCUACUGGGACUUUAUCAACAAGUUACUGCGCCUUUAUUGCAUGUUGCCUGAGUGAAGGACUAUGGCAGCUCGCCUGGCUUUAAACUUUAGAUUCAGGCUAGAGAUGGAGAUGGAAAUGAAUGCCUACUAGCUGGAACUGCCUGGGGAACUAUUACAUCAGACGAAAUGACAAUGAUUAAAAUCUGCUUUUUGCUGCUCUAAAUCUAUUGAGCGGCAGUUGCCUGUUAGGUUUCCUACCCCCUCUAAAUCACAACUUCACACCGUUAAGGGGAACGGUCUACUUUAGCCGGGAAAAAAAUAGAUAAGUUAUUAUAUCUGUGCAGUCAUAAUUUCGCGAAUAGGGGGGUAUCACGUUUUCUUCCUUGAGAAAAUUGCCUGGGCGAGAGAGUGGAGUUGAGCUAAUUGUAGCCUAAUCCCUGGCCCAGAGGCGCUUGGGCUGCCCGGAGCAAGAAUUUUCUUUUUUAGCUCUGCUCUGUUAUUUAGAGACGGAUUAUUGGCUUUCUUCUUCUCAUAACAAACCACAGGGGCAGUUUCAUUUAGGCACAAAAAAGCAGACAAGAAGCCGAAAUACGAAGCAGGAUUCCAACAAGAGCGCACAUUUUUUACGCGUAUCCAAAUAAGAGCAGAGAAGGGGAAGGAGAUCAUCUCAUCUAUGUUCAAGGUUCGUGCUGGAGCUGGAUGGCGGUGUAGUUGUACCACAAACUCGGGGGCAUUUGGAGAAAUUAUUUGAAAAUUUUGGGGGUUACGCGGACAGCAGCUGGGACUGACCUCCGGCACGGAUUUCCUCUGGAUGCCCUACAAUGUUUGAAACGGAGGGAAGAAGCAUGUCACGGCUGUCUCUGACCCGGUCCCCGGUCUCUCCUCUGGCCGCUCAGGGGAUCCCUCUGCCGGCUCAGCUGACCAAGGCGAACGCCCCGGUGCACAUCGAUGUCGGGGGACACAUGUACACCAGCAGCCUGGCGACCCUCACCAAAUACCCAGACUCAAGAAUCAGUCGUCUGUUCAAUGGCACCGAGCCCAUCGUGUUGGACAGCUUGAAGCAGCACUACUUCAUAGAUCGGGACGGCGAGAUAUUCCGCUACAUUCUCAGUUUCCUCAGGACCAGCAAAUUGCUCCUUCCAGAUGACUUCAAGGACUUCCACCUGCUGUAUGAGGAGGCGCGCUAUUACCAGCUGACGCCUAUGAUCAAGGAGCUGGAGCGUUGGAAGCAGGAGCGGGAGCAACGACGGAUGGCACAACCCUGUGACUGCCUGGUGGUUCGCGUCACACCCGACCUGGGAGAGAGGAUCGCCUUGAGCGGUGAAAAGGUCCUCAUCGAGGAGAUCUUCCCAGAGACCGGAGACGUUAUGUGUAACUCAGUCAAUGCCGGCUGGAACCAGGACCCAACACACGUCAUCCGCUUUCCCCUCAAUGGCUACUGCAGGCUCAACUCCGUCCAGGUUCUGGAGCGUCUUUUCCAGAAAGGUUUCAGCGUGGCGGCGUCAUGCGGAGGUGGCGUGGACUCAUCCCAGUUCAGUGAGUACGUGUUGUGUCGCGAGGACCGGCGGAGUCUUUCCAUCAACACGCCCAUCAGGAUAAAACAGGAACCCCUGGACUAGAGCAUUUUGGGAAGAGGGACAGCGAACCCCCCCAGUACUCCUGUCAUCUUCUCACACCACCCCACCCAGCCUACCCCUGCCCCCUCCCUGCCCCAACAGGACCACAACCACCCCCAACAUACCUAAGUAUUAGCAGAGGCUUGUUAACCUUGCCAGCUCUGCAGAACUCUAAGGGGAAUGUAGUACCAAACAAAGGAAAAAAAGCAUCAGCAGCAAAAGCUUUUGAUUAUGUUAAAUAACGCCCAAAGAAUCUGGGACUGUGAUGAAAACAACAAUGACGACGACAAAUAGACUCAACAGCAGCUCACUUGCACCAUUUUAGCACCGUGACUGGUUGAUUUCUCCCUCUUCUUCUUAUGAAAAAGGUGUCCUGACCCUUUUGGAGUGGUACAACUGCCCCCUCCUAUAAUCCCAAUUCAUUCCACUCCCCAAAACACACACACAGACACACACCCUUCUAACCCUCUUUCAUUGGUGUAUCAUCCGAUUCUGUCUCUGUAUGAGGACCCAUGUCUGGCCUGCUGUGGGACAAGAAAACGUUGGCAGACAGGACGCUGUUAAGGAUGACAGGAAGAGGACAUAAUCCCAUCUCACGAGUCCCCAAAAAGGCCCCAGUCCCAGCGACCCUCCGACCCUCCAACCCCAUCCCACCUCACUCCACAGGGCCUUGCUACAGACGGCGGGGGCCCUUGCUGAAAACAGCAUCGUUUGCCAAACUGAUUGUUUAUUACAAUUUUCAUUGUUGUUUCUAAAGUAUGUUCUUCUUGCUCCUUUUGCUGUUCUUAUCAUGACAUGGUGUAAACAAUUAUUAUUAAUAGGAUUAUUUUUAAUGUCUCUUUUUUCCUUUCUCCAAUAUGAAGGAUGUAUGAACGUUGUAUUCAUUAGGCUUUGAGAGCUUGUGAGGGAGCGUUUCUUGGCAGUAGCUGCAGAAACUCAGAUGUCUGCAGGCUAUGUGGCUAAAGCGAUCUGGCUGGCAAUGCAUUCAGAGCCGGAAAAAGUCCCAUUGUUCAAACGGGGAUGGAAGAGAACCUGGAUCUUUCAAAAUUGUUUAUAGUCAAAUGUGUAGCACACAUAAAAAAGUGCUCUGGAAUUUCUGCUUAUUAGCUCUAAAACAUAUCUCGGGUCUGUGAUCACAUUCUCUCUCCUGGGCACAAACCUUUGCUCCUUUUUAGCAGAAGUUUAAGAAAGUCUGACAAUUUUAAAUUCAGGUUUGACUUGCACAAGCUCCAAGUGUAUUGCAGUUUUGAUGAGCUAGAAUGUUAAAGACUUGAGGACCAAUGUGGACUUUACCAGUAUGUCUCAUGAUCAGCACGAGAUGUACUCUAAAUGCUUAAUGUUUCUUUGCACUUAAACAUUUCCUACAGAGCUGCCCUGCCUUGUUUCCACCAAACACUUGUUUGAACCCAGUGACCAGUGCCAAGUCAAGCUGUUUAUCUUCUCAGAACAUUAAAACAUUAAAAACAAGCAAAAGUUACAACAGAACCAAUACCGUAGCUACCAAAGGAGACAAGGUGCCUAUGUUGUUGGUUGUACAAACAAAAAGGCAUCAUCAUCGUCAUCAUUGCAUCUUUUUUUAGACGCAAUGACACUUACAGUGUCUAGCUACAAAAGACGCAAUGCAUUAGAAAAAACUGUGUGAAGGGUACCAACAUUUGUUCCCCAGGCCUCCAGUCUUCACAGUUUUGUUAAGAAUAGCUAACAGUACCUUCAGACAAAGUUUGAGAGACAAUGUCUCUGUUUGUUUCAAUAUUGUCACUUCUAAGCCAAGAUUAUUUCAGUGGUUCUUCACAUGUAUGUAUGGCAGAACCCAAAGUGAACUGUACUCCCAGCAUCAGCGUCUUAUUCACAAAGAGGCGAGUGGGCGGCAUUUAUUCUAUCCUGCUCUCAUUCUUUUGGUCUUAUUCUCAACAUUUCUGGAUCAAAGAUAGAAACAAGAAAGGCCAAGUUUUCAUGCUUUGUAUUUGUGUGUAACUUACAGAUGCUGUUUCUUCUAUUCUAAAAGACUGAUAAAAAAAAAAGAAGUCCAUUCUGAUCUUUGUGAGCUCUGGCAUUUGUUUGAGUUAAACUGGGGUUGUUUUUGUAAACUGGUUGUUCAUUAAAAAUGGGUGGUAGUUCUUCUGACCAUGUUGUCCUAAUAUCUGCUCUCUCCGGAUGGCCGCUGAUUAAACAAGGCCAAUGAGUGGAUAAAGAUGAGCUCGGUGUAAGUGUAGCUCCCAGUCCAGCGCACUCCACCCCGGGGGUCUCUCACAAUCAAGCCCAUCUUUGUUCUGACCUGCCAGUGGCCUGCGCCUUUGCAUCCAGUCGCCUCAAAGGGAAUGGUCAACCAGGCCUUUCAUGUGCCAAGGCAUGUUGGGCUCUUCACAGCGCUCCUCACCCCCCUCCGCCUCCCCAAAGGCUCCCAGCUCAGUGAUGCCAGUAGAAACUCGGGUUGCACCCCCUGCUGCUGUGUCAUCCCCAUGCCCUGGUUUUUCAAAACCUCUCCUACACUGUGGCUUGCUGGACCACACUGCAACAAACCAAACUGAUGAGUCAAAUCUGAGCAUACUCAGAACUUACUGACUUGACUCUGCUGCUGAUUCCCAGAUCUUUGAUCCAGUUGUUACGAGGUGUGGAAACUCAUCUGGGUCAGUUCUUGAGGAAACAGGGGUAAAAAACAAUCAGUGUUGUACUAAAACCACACAUCUGCAAGAUUCACUUUUUUUUCAGGGAGGAAGGAAAGAAGGCAUAUUUUCUCACUGAUGUGGCAUUUGGAAAUCAUAGAAUGGGGUUUUAUCAGCUUUAAAGAGCUUAGGGGUCAUGCGCAUUAGGAUAAAAACAUAAAUUGCUAUUCAAACCUGCACAUACAGUGAGACAAAGAAACAAAAAUUGCAGUUUGGGGUUUCUAUCUGCAAUAACUAAACCUGAGAUGCCCCUUUCAACUCAACAGGUUAACUCCAAAGCCAGACAAACUUGACAAGACUGAAAACUUCACAGACAUGUUCACACAUGCAACUCUUUUAGAUGAAGUGCUGGUCAGUGUUUCAGCCAGUUCAAAUGGCAUUCACUCCACCUCUGAGGCGGGUCAGUUGUACAGUUAUUGUAUAUUGAAUUAUCAGGACUCUGGGUUUUACGGGGACCCUCGUGUUUUUAUGAGACCUCUUAGUCCUCUUCACAAAAAAUAAUGAAAAGAAUUCAAAGCAUUACAUUAUGUACAUAUGGAUUAAAACAUUUCAAAGGGUAUAAUAAGGUGCAAAUGUAUAUUAUUUAAAGUGUUUUAAACAAUUAGACUGUGGUAUUAAAGGGCAUGUGUUCAUUUACAGUGUCUCCAUUUGACUUUUCUUGCAU